AAAACAUUUAGCUGGGCUGCGUUCCACUUGACGGACACGCCCCCUUUGCUCCCCUCUCCCCCUUCCCCCGUACUCCCUCCCCUCUUCGGCGGAGAGAUCCUGCGAGCACGAGUAGUUGAAGGAGUACCAUUGUGAGACGAGGACGAGGAACACGUUCGCCGUCCGCCAGCCAGAGCCAUGCAAGGAAGGGAGGUGGUGGUGGUGGUAGUGGCGGCGGUGGUGGUGAUGGCGAUGAUGGAGACAGUCACCGCGAAGCCAGCAGACGAAGAAAAGAAAAAUAGAGUGUAUAAGGAGAAGCUGAGUGAUGAGGAACACUUCAUCAACGAGGAGCACAACCCUGAUUACGACCACGAGGCGUUCCUUGGCGAGGAUGAGGCGCGCACCUUCGACCAGCUCACCCCCGAGGAGAGCAAGGACAGACUCAGCAAAAUUGUGGAUCGUAUAGACUUGGAUAAGAAUGGAGGAGUAACAGAGAAGGAGCUGCAGAUAUGGAUUGAGUACACGCAGAAACGCUACAUCAAUGACGACGUGAAGCGACAGUGGAACACCAACAACCCUGAGAACAAGGAGGUGCUGCACUGGGAAGACUACAAGAACAGAGUGUACGGCUUCAUUGACAACAUGGAUCCCUCAGACUUAGAUAGUGAGGAGGAUGACGGCAUGACUUACCAGGAGAUGGUGAAGAGAGACAAGCGGCGGUGGGAGAAAGCAGAUCAGGACGGAGACUCUGCCCUUACCAUAGAGGAGUUCACGGACUUCCUUCACCCAGAGGAGUCUGACCACAUGAGGCCCAUAGUGGUGCUGGAGACCAUGGAGGACAUUGACAAGGAUAAGGAUGGCAAGAUAUCCCUAGAGGAGUACAUUGGUGACAUGUACCGAGGUGGUGCUGAUGAGGAUGAAUCUGAGGAGCCGGCGUGGGUAAGCAGUGAACGGGAACAGUUCACCCAAUUCAGAGACAAGAAUAAAGAUGGGGUCAUGGAUGAGGAAGAGGUGCGCGGAUGGAUCAUCCCGGAUGACUACAACCAUGCAGAGGCAGAGGCCAAACAUCUUAUAUAUGAAGCAGACAGUGAUGGGGAUCGGGAGCUUACAAAAGAGGAAAUACUUGACAAGUAUGACGUUUUUGUUGGAUCUCAAGCAACAGACUUUGGAGAGGCAUUGGUGAGGCAUGAUGAGUUUUAGCUACGUGGAAAGCUCUUCUCCACCCUCUCCUGAGGCCCCUUCCUUUCUCCUUGCCUUAAGGUCUCUCCCAUAGGUUACCAAAGACUCCAACAGUUUCUGAAAGACUAAAUCACCAACUUGAAUAUGUGAUUGGAGCAAAUGCAAGUGGCCUCAUGUGAGGUCAUUUGUUUGCUGGAAUGAAGAAAAACGUGGAGGGUGUUUUCCAGAUAAGAGCAGGGACUCUGUUGAUGCUGACUGACCUCAUGAUUGCUUUUCAUGGUAUAAUGAUGGAGGGAAAUAAUUGCCAGAUAUGGUUUCAUGCUGGGAUGCCAGCCCCAAAGGAGUUACAUUCUUAAAGUAUUAAGAAAGUAUUUACUGCUCCUAAAAAUAAUAAUGUUUUACAAUCCCUGUUACUUGGGAAAUGGUCACAAUUUUCUCAGUGUUAUAUUUAAGUAAUGAGGGGAAGCUCUUGUUCUCAUGUUGUCUGGAUAAAAUAACAAUAUAAGGAAUUGAUUGUUGCAUAUAACUACAAAAAGUGGAAGCUGUCUGCAUUGUCAGACAUUACACUUUACAAAAAAGCAGCAGAAUAGCCCUUCCCUGCCACUACUUUUGUCAGUGCAGGAGUAGUGAGACAAGAUGUAAGUUGUGUAUUAAUUUGAUUCACUCCUGUCUCUUUACGUAGGCAACCAUCACAUGCUUAAUUAGGAUUAACCUUUAAAUUCUGAGCAUAACCUGCUUGUAGCCGACAUACAGUAGUCUAGAAAAGUUAAAAUGAAAACAUUUUUUUUUUUUUCCAAGAAAACAAGAGGCAUUUCUAAGUAUUUUGUGGUUCAUCAGAACAACUGAAUUCUUUAUUUAAGUUCUUUUGUAUCUAUUGUAAACUUAUUUUGAUACUAUAGUUUUAGAGUAAAGAUUAUUUAUUUUAAACAAGAAAUUAAGCUUGUCCUGAAGGGUGCUGGCUGGACAGGAUCAUGCAUCCCUGUCUUCAGCUGAACUAUUACUGCCAUUUCUGUGUCACAACCCAGCUGAAGAAACACACACUGGGCACUGGCAGGUGUGGGUAUGGACAUGUAAAGGUGUAAUGUUCUGGGAGCUUAAGCUCUUAGUUCUUAUUGAAAUAUACCUGGGAAAGACGUCAUCAUACGCAUUCAAACAAAAAUAACAUUACGAACUUUAUAGUGUGAUAUUGGAGAAAUGGAAUUCAUGAACAAAGUGUCCACUUGUGGAUUUAUCCAGAAAAGGAGAUGUGCUAUAUAUAAAGUAUUGUUGAGGGAUAUGUCCUUGUAUUGUACGAAACUUAACUUUCACUUUUAAUAGUUUUAUAUGUAGAUUUAAAUGUUAUUUGAUGGUGACCUUCAACCUGUGAAUUCAGAAAACUCUUGGAUCAAGCAAGUGGCAUGUGUCUUACUCACUGAAGCUGCUACUGAACUAACCCAGUUGGCCCGCUUAGAUUAGUUUUAUAUAACAUGCAGUUUUGUAUGAUAUUUUUGUGUUUUGUAAAUAAACUGAAAAAUUUCA